AUGAGCAUGGCCCUGCUGGAUAAAGUGCUGUGGGUGGACCAGGCCAGCGGCGAGGUCCGUGUGCAGGCAGGCUGCCGUGUUCAGCAAGUGGCGGAUGAGCUGAAGCCGUAUGGGCUGACGCUGCAAAAUUACGCCAGCAUUCGCGAGCAGCAGAUCGGGGGCUUCACACAGGUGUCUGCGCACGGCACUGGCGCGGCCAUCCCACCCGUGGACGAGCAGGUGGUGGCGCUGAGGAUGGUCACCCCCGGCAAGGGCGUGUUGGAGCUGUCGGCGGAUGAGAACCCGACGCUGUUCAAGCUGGCGCGGGUCGGGCUGGGGCUGCUGGGGGUCGUCACGGAGCUGACACUGCAGGCCGUGCCAGCGAAGCAGCUGAUAGAGAAGACCUUCACUGCCACGGCCAAGGAGGUGGAGAAGAACCACGGAAAGUGGCUGCGCCAGAACCGCCACAUGCGGUACAUGUGGCUGCCCUACACCGACACGGUGGUGGUCGUGCAGGUCAACCCAGCGCCCUCCGCCCGCGCCGCCGAGGAGGCGGCCGCCGCCGCGGCGGCCGCAGAGGCCGGGGAGGGCGGCGCUGCCGCCGCCGCGCGCGCGGCGCCGCUGCGGGCGCUGCUGUCAGAGGCUGUCGGCGCCGACAAGGCUGCGGCGGCGGAGGAUCUGACGGCGUUCCAGCUGCGGGACGUACUGCUGGCGCUGGACCCGCUGGACAGGGACUGGGUGGCGCGCGUCAACGCGGCAGAGGCCGAGUUCUGGCGCAGGAGCGCCGGCACCCGCGUGGGGCUGGCUGAUGAGAUCCUCGGGUUCGACUGCGGCGGGCAGCAGUGGGUGCUGGAGGUCGCCUUCCCAGUCGGCCGCCUAUCUCGCAUCGGCGGCUGGGGCGCCGGACCGCCAAAGGACAUAUCCUACAUGAAGGAUCUCCUGGAAGAGAUCAGGAGAUCCGAGAUCGCCGCGCCCUGCCCGAUCGAGCAGCGGUGGACGGCGGCCAGCAGCAGCCCCAUGAGCCCCGCGGCCGCCACCCCCGGCGGGGGUGCGGAUGAGGUGCACAGCUGGGUGGGCGUCAUUAUGUACUUACCAACAGACGACGAGAGCCAACGCGCCAAAAUCACCGCCGCAUUCAAGCGGUACGCGGCCCUGGUCGAGGACCGCCUGAUGCCGCGGUACGGCGCCAGCUGGCACUGGGCCAAGAUCGAGCCGCCGACCGACGGCGGCGACGCGGCGGCCGCCGCGGCGCGGCUGGCGCACAUGCAGGCGGCGCUGGCGGCGAGGUUCCCUCUGGACGAGCUUAAUGCGGCGCGGGCGCGGCUCGACCCGAAGAAUAUCCUGGCCAACAACAUGUUCGACACCCUGCUGGGACGGCCGGGCGGCGCGGCCCAGGCGGCGGCGGCGGCGGUGGCGAAGCCGUGA